AUGUCGGAGGACGGGGAGUCAAGCGCAAGUAAGCCUCACGGCUCCGCGAAAAUCGAUGAGGAGUACAUACAAGGCGAAAUCGAUAAGCUGAAUAUCGAUGAACUGGUCCAGCCGGAACAGAACAAUGCCCUGAAGAGAGUAAUAAGAACAGAUCGAAAGAUUGUUCUCAAUUUAGAUACCAAAAUAAGUACCCUUCACAAAUCAUGUGAGUAUGGGAAACAGGUGUCCAAAAUCAUUAACUUCAAGGCGGAGGGACUUAGCAGCAUUUCGCUGAAGGAGAAGCUGAGGCUGAUUCUGGACAGCCUCUCGGGGGAGUUCUCCGAGGAGGGACGGGAAGAAGGGGAAGAAGCGGGAAAUGCAGCACACGCCGCAAACACGGCCAACCUCGCUAGCGCGGGAGAGGACCAGCCCAGGGAAACUUCACCACAUGGACGAGCGAAGCGGCUAAGCUUCACAAAGCUCUCGAAGCACUUCACCGUAGGGACUCUCCCUUUCUGUCCCAUAAACUACGACACUAUCCCAUUGAAUCUCUUCCUGGAUAGCGAAAACGGAUUCAGUCUCCAUAGGAAAGAACAGAAAAGGACACACAGCAGGACCAAACAGACACUCGGAAACACCACCUACAGAAAGUUAAAAGACUUCUCACAUGAGAACGAGCCGGAGAUUAAACUAGAGACUUACGAGCAAUCAAUGAGAUUAAAAGAAAAGUUAGGACAACUAGAGAAAGAGAAGAAGAACAUUCCAUUUUUAAAUUUUAUUGUCGAUUGUGAUCCCAUUAAUGGGUUCAAUGAAACGACCUUCCGUCUGUUCCUGGUGACUCUGCUUGUUUCCAAGGGGCACGUUGAAUUCUAUAGGGAUGCCAAUAAAGUUCUGUGCAUCCGAACGAGUGACUUGUUUAGGCACACCGAGGAGGGUCUGGGUGGAGGGAGCGGUGGUGACGGCGAUAGCGGCGGUGGUGAUGCCGCCAAUACCGCCAAUAGUGGAGGUAGCUACUCUGCGCGAUACACGGAGGAAAAACUCCCUCCAAGGAAAAACCAGGCCCUGCUGACUGCCUGGUCAUACCAGAAGUGGGAGAAGCUGGCCAACCGCCUGGCGCCCCACCGCUGA